AUGGCGGAGCAGCAGCGGUUCUACCUCCUGCUGGGCAACCUGAUGAGCCCUGACAACAAUGUCAGGAAACAGUCAGAGGAGGCCUAUGACAGUAUCUCAGGUCAGAUGAAGAUUACAUUUUUGCUCCAGGCCGUCCGAGAUUCAUCGGCAGCAGAAGAGGUCAGGCAGAUGGCAGCGGUGCUGCUGCGGAGGCUGCUGUCAUCGUCCUUCGACGAGGUGUACCCCAGCGUCUCGCCCGACCUGCAGGCGGCCAUCAAGACGGAGUUGCUGGCGGGCAUCCAGAGUGAGGCCUUGCCCAACCUCCGGAAGAAGGUGUGCGACGUGGCCGCAGAGCUUGCACGCAAUCUCAUCGAUGAUGACGGGAAUAACCAGUGGCCUGAGGUGCUGAAGUUCCUGUUUGAGUCCGUUAAUUCGCAGAAUCUGGGACUGCGGGAAUCGGCCCUGCACAUCUUCUGGAACUUCCCGGGGAUAUUCGGCAACCAACAGCAGCACUACCUGGAGGUGAUCAAGCGCAUGCUGGUCCAGUGCAUGCAGGAUCAGGGGAACCCGCCGAUCCGGACCCUCGCGGCCAGGGCGACUGCUUCCUUCAUCCUGUCCAAUGAGAGCAACACAGCCCUCCUUAAGAACUUCUCUGACCUGCUGCCUGGGAUCCUUCAGGCUGUGAACGAGUCAUGUUACCAGGGAGACGACUCGGUGCUGAAGUCCCUGGUGGAGAUCGCAGACAUGGUGCCCAGGUACCUCCGGCCACACCUGGAGGCCACUCUGCAGCUGAGCCUGAAGCUGUGUGCGGACACCGGCCUGACUGACAUGCAGAGGCAGCUGGCCCUGGAGGUGAUCGUGACGCUCUCGGAAACGGCUCCUGCCAUGCUGCGGAAACACACUGCCAUUGUGGCUGAAAGCAUCCCCCAGAUGCUGGCGAUGAUGGUGGACAUAGAGGAGGAUGAGGAGUGGACCUUGGUGGAUGAGCUGGAGGAUGACGACUUUGACAGUAACGCAGUGGCGGGCGAGAGUGCGCUCGACAGGGUGGCCUGUGGCCUGGGAGGGAAGAUCGUGCUGCCCAUGAUCAAACAGCACAUCAUGCAGAUGCUGCAGAACCCGGACUGGAAGUACCGGCAUGCGGGCCUCAUGGCAUUGUCUGCCAUAGGAGAGGGCUGCCACCAGCAGAUGGAAGCUAUCCUGAGUGAGAUUGUUAAUUUCAUCCUGCUCUUCUGCCAGGACCCUCAUCCCCGGGUUCGAUACGCUGCCUGCAAUGCCAUUGGGCAGAUGGCCACGGACUUCGCCCCAACCUUCCAGAAGAAAUUCCACAACAAGGUGAUCUCCGCCCUGCUCCAGACCAUGGAGGACUACGCCAACCCCCGCGUCCAGGCGCACGCUGCCGCCGCCCUCAUAAACUUCACCGAGGACUGCCCCAAGGUCCUGCUCAUCCCCUACCUGGACGACCUAGUGCAGCACCUGCACGUCGUCAUGGUGAACAAGCUGCAGGAGCUGAUUCAGAAGGGCACCAAGCUGGUGCUGGAGCAGGUGGUGACGUCCAUCGCCUCUGUGGCGGACACGGCGGAGGAGAAGUUCGUGCCAUAUUACGACCUGUUCAUGCCCUCGCUGAAGCACGUGGUGGAGAACGCCGUGCAGAAGGAGCUACGCCUACUGCGGGGGAAGACCAUCGAGUGCAUCAGCCUCAUCGGCCUUGCUGUCGGGAAGGAGAAGUUCAUGCCCGAUGCCUCGGCCGUGAUGCAGCUGCUCCUGAAGACUCAGACUGACUUUAACGACCUGGAGGAUGACGACCCACAGAUCUCCUACAUGAUCUCUGCAUGGGCCCGGAUGUGCAAAAUCCUGGGGAAGGAGUUCGAGCAGUACCUGCCGGUGGUCAUGGGCCCGCUCAUGAAGACGGCCUCCAUCAAGCCAGAGGUGGCGCUCUUAGACACCCAGGACAUGGAGAGUGUGUGUGGGGAUGACGGCUGGGAGUUUGUGAACCUGGGUGACCAGCAGAGCUUCGGCAUCAAGACGGCGGGGCUGGAGGAGAAGGCCACAGCCUGCCAGAUGCUGGUUUGCUACGCUAAAGAGCUGAAGGAAGGCUUUGUGGUGUACACAGAACAAGUCGUCAGGCUGAUGGUUCCACUUCUGAAGUUCUACUUCCAUGACGGCGUGCGGAUGGCAGCGGCUGAAGCCAUGCCCUUCCUGCUGGAGUGUGCUCGGGUUCGAGGGCCUGACUAUCUCACCCAGAUGUGGCACUUCAUGUGCGACGCCCUGAUCAAGGCCAUUGGCACCGAACCGGACUCGGAUGUCCUGUCCGAAGUCAUGCAUUCCUUUGCUAAGUGUGUGGAGCUGAUGGGGGACGGCUGCCUGAACAGGGAGCACUUUGACGAGCUGGCUGGGAUCCUGAAGGGGAAACUGGAGGAGCACUUCAAAAACCAGGAGCUGAGACAAGUCAAAAGACAGGAUGAAGACUAUGAUGAACAGGUGGAGGAGACGCUACAGGAUGAGAAUGAAAACGACGUGUACAUCCUGACCAAGGUGUCAGACAUCCUGCAUGCCGUGUUCUGCAGUUACAAGGAGAAGGUGCUGCCCUGGUUCGAGCAGCUCUUGCCUCUCAUAGUCAACCUCAUCUGUCCGCAGCGGCCCUGGGCGGACAGACAGUGGGGUCUGUGCAUAUUCGACGACGUGGUGGAGCACUGCAGCCCCUCCUCCUUUAAGUACGCGGAGUACUUCCUGCAGCCCUUGCUGCAGUCUGUGUGCGACUCCAGCCCAGAGGUGCGACAGGCAGCGGCGUACGGCGUGGGAGUCAUGGCCCAGUGCGGGGGAGAGAACUACAGAUCCUUCUGCGCAGAGGCCAUACCCCUGCUGGUGGGUGUGAUCCAGGCAGCCGAUUCAAAAGCCAAAGAGAACAUCAACGCCACAGAGAAUUGCAUCUCUGCCGUGGGCAAGGUGAUAAAGUACCGGCCCGAGUGUGUCAACGUCUCUGAGGUCCUUCCUCAUUGGCUCUCCUGGCUGCCACUCAAGGAGGACAAAGAGGAAGCUGAGCAUACCUUCAACCUCCUGUGUGACCUCAUAGAAAGCAACAAUUCUAUCGCUCUUGGACCUGACAAUGCCAACCUUCCCAAGAUAUUUUUAAUCAUCGCUGACGGCGUCAUCAACGAGUCCAUCAAACGAGGGGAGGGGUGUGGCCAACGGUUGGCAAAUGUCAUUAGACAAGUUCAGGUCUCUGGAGGACUGUGGACACAGUGUGUAUCGACCCUGAAUGAGACCCAACAGAAGGCAAUCCAAGACCUGCUGAAUACUGCUUGAAAGGCCUUAACCGUCUGUCAACACCUGUAACAACAUAGAUCUUAAUACUCUUCACCCUGUGACCCUUCCUCAAGCAACGGACUGUAGUGUGUGUGUUGACCAAUCCGCAGCUUUGGGGUCUGUGUCUGUGGGAUGAAGUAACUCUUCAGUGCCCCCUGGCCCCCGAUGAUGUAGAGUAAUUUUCUAUUGGACUGUCACCUUUGUGACAGUUAAAUAGAACAGAUGAGACAAACCUGUCAUACAUUUCCUAAUUUAUGGCACUUGUUUUUUUUGUCAUUGUUGUCCUCUUUUCUUUUGAGAACAGUUAACAUUAGGUGUGGAA